AUGAGUAUCUGGCGCGAAUUGCUGAGUGCCCUGCUGGCUGGGGCACUAUUAUAUGCAGCUUUGAAACCAGUCACGAGGCGAACUGCUAAACUUCCUGGCCCUUGGUACUCGAAUUGGACCAGUGCGGUGCUGAAAUACAAGUGGCUCACCGGGCAAAGACCUUUAUAUGUUCAUGAUUUACACCUGAAAUACGGCCCGGUGGUCCGCAUUGCCCCUGAUGAAGUGGACGUUACAGAUAUCGAGGCCGUCAAAGAAAUUUACGACAGCCAGGAAACGUUCAAAAAGUCGUCAUUCUAUAGGAAAUUGACAGCAGUCCGCACACCUGUUCUUUUUGCCCUCUCCGAUGUUACCACGCACAGGCGACUGCGGCGGCUUAUGAGCACGCCUCUUUCAGUAUCUUCUCUGAAGACACAAUUUCCAUUGGUACGAUCGCGAGUUGAGCUAUACAUCAAGAAGGUCAAGGACGAGAAAAUAUCUAGAGGCGUUGCAGACCUGUUCAAAUGGAACAUGUUCCUGGCCACUGAUGUCGUCGGCGAACUGUCUUUCGGGACAUCAUUCAAUACACUCGAGCUGGGCAAGAAAAACGACUAUGUGAAUCUCAUAGAGAGUAUCGGGCCGAUGGGUGCUCUACGGAGUGCGUUCCCUUUAAUGGCGUCACUGGCCUUUACCCUGCCUAUUCCAGUCUUCAGAUCUGUAGCAGAUGCAUCGAAGCGAAUACGUCACUACGCUCAAGAGUCCCUGAGCCGGUAUUACAAGCUCGCAUCGUCGGACACGGACGAUGUACACCACACCUUGUUCACAAAGCUACGCCGGUCAGAGCAAAAUGGAGAAAUCUCAUUUGAAGAGAUCUGUGCCAACGCACAGGGAUAUAUCUUGGCUGGCAGCGACACAACAGCGAGCACCUUGACUUAUCUCAUUUGGUCCGUCUGCCAGCGACCGGACAUCAAAGAGGAGCUGGUCGAGCAGCUCAAGACCCUGCCGCCCGAUUUUGACGACGACAGCCUGCGUAACAUGCCAAUUCUGGGCAACGUGAUUGAUGAGACGCUCCGACUCUUCCCGGCAGCCCCUUCAGGUCUUCCCCGCGAGACUCCUCCAGAAGGAGCCACCAUUGCGGGCUACCGAGUCGACGGAGGCACAGUGCUCUGUGCACAACCUUACAGCAUGCAUCGAGACCCGGCCGUGUUUCCGAAUCCUGAGCACUUUGACCCCCAUCGCUGGCAGGAGCCAACAAAGGCCAUGCUUGACGCUUUUAUGCCAUUUGGCAAGGGACCUAGGGUAUGUAUCGGGAUGAAUCUAGCGAGGAUGGAGCUUCGCGUGGCGACUGCGAAAUUCUUUUUGGAGUUUCCCAACGCCAUUGUGUCGACUCGCGAGGGAUUCUCGAGCAAAGAUAUGCAGCGAAGGAUGUUUUUUGUGUCCAACCCUGCCGGGAGACGCUGCCUUGUCGAGGUGUGA